AUGGAACAACCUCUGCCGUCGAAUGGCGACCCCGCUGCCGCCGCCGCCGCGACAGAGCCUACUGCCGGCUCACCCUCUUCCACCUCUGUAAAUGUCGCAGCUAUUGGCCAUCCCGCCAAUCAUGAACUUCCCUAUCCCCUAUCACUAGUCCCAUUCGACCUCUCCCACCCCUACCGCCCCAACGAUUCCCUAACCAUCAAACCCUACCGCUCCUCCAACGUCUGGCUAGACAGAUAUUGGGCGAGAUCCUAUCGAGAGGGCGAGAUCCGCAUUGAACGAGACCUCACCUCCGAACACCUGUAUCAACAUCUCCGCGAAUUGAUCGACGACAUGUCACGCAGUAGGAAGGAUGAUUCCGACGAAACAAGGUUUAUAGGCGCUUGGGCAAGGCUGCACAAGGAUUACGGCUUGUCGGAAAAAGCGUUUGGUGAACUAACUGUUGUGCAGAAUACCAAGGUGUACUAUGUCGAUGAAUUGCUCCCCUCUUGGGACAGUGAGAAAGACCUCACCGCCACCCAACCCGACCUCGCCCUCCAAACCUCCUCUUACCGUUAUAACAAAGGCGUCCGUACAAAAGACAGAAAAACUCUUCACUCUGUCUUCGCUCUCAAAGUGGUUACCCCAGCCACUGCCAGAUAUCUCCCGGACCCCGCCGAACGACAACGCUUAGACACAGAUGCACUGCGGUACACGAAUCUCGAAGCGCUCAUGAAGGGCAUGUACUACCUCACCGUCGCUUACUCCUUGUCCAAGUGCCGCUCGGGGAUAGCAUGGGCCAAAGAGUACUUUACGCGCAUCGUCAACAUCACCAGAGGGCCCGGUCCUAGUCCGAGAGGCCAGACAAUGCUGCUCGAAGCUUCCCCGAAAGCCGUAUCCUUAUCCCAAAACCUCCCUUCCGCCACAGAAGGCAUGACCCCCUCCGACCUGAUGCAGUUCUACGCCCAAAACACCAACAACUGGGAACCGCCCAACGCUCUCAUCCAAGACCAUAUCGAAUGGCGGCUCGUCAAAGAAGCUCACAUCCGGCUCGAUGCUACCAUCUUUAUGCUCCUCGGUAUUUCGGUGCAUCCUGCUUCGAGUUCGGAGUUGCCGCUCCUCGGUGAAGGCGGUGGUGCUGGUGCUGGAGGUGACGGGGGGAAUGGGAAGAAGGGGACGAAGGGGACGAAGAGAAAAAGAAGAAGCGGAAAGGGCGGGAAGGGCGCCGCGAGGGGUGAUGGAGGUUCUUCCAAAGGUACAACUUCCCCACCUCCCCUCCGCUCACCCCCGACUUCCAACCCCUCCCCUACCCCUCUCACAACCUCUCCCAGUACCAGUACCCAAAAUCCCCACCCCAAGCACGCCGAGCACCCCGAAGACGCCAAACACCCCGAGCACCCCGAAGACGCCAAACACCCCGAGCACCCCGAACACGCCGAGCAAGACUCUCUCGAAGAAGACUUUGACUACGAAGACCCAAUAGAACCAGGCUCCCUCCAAGACUUCUCCUCCGCCCUCCAAAAAGCUGCCGUCCGCAUCAGACUCAUAACGACGGAGGAGAUGGAUGUCUUGUUGGCGAGAGCUGCGAAAUGGGGAUGGGCUGAGGCUAUCGGCGGGGAUGGCAAGUACGAGUACUGAGAGGAGGUGCUCGUUCGUUGUUUUAUAACUGUAGACUAGCUGUGAAUCUCUAGGACGAUGUUUGACACUUGAGGUCAGUGUAUA